CAGCACCCCCCCCCACCUUCCCCGGGUCCGUUCCCGAGCCACGCUCUCGUCUUCUUCGAAGUCGCAGUGUUUCAGUCGGUUGUCAUGGCGGAGGGACGUGGCGAUCUACCGCCGCUUCAGCCGCCGCUUCAGCUCGCUUCGCCGCCGGCCAGCAAGCGGCCGUGUCUGCGUCCCGCUCCGCGAGGUCCAGGUCCAGGGCCCGGGACAGGACUUUCUAGCGGGCGUCCUCGCUGCCCGGAAUCGUUGCUGGACUGCGCCGCCAAGGCCGUAGCGGAGAAGUGGGCCUUCGAGCGGGUGGAGGAGCGUUUCGAGAGGAUCCCCGAACCCGUUCAGCGCCGCAUCGUCUUCUGGUCCUUCCCGAGGAACGAGCGGGAGAUAUGCAUGUACUCGUCGUUUCAGUGCCGCGCCGCGGCCGAGGAGUCUCCGUCUGCUGCGGGGAGCUCCGCCGCGUCCGCCGGAUCCGCUGGAGGUCCUGGAGCAGCGUCCACCCCGGCGGGCAGCUCGAGCUCCGCGGGCGCUGGCGCGAGCGCAGGCGCUGACGGACUCCCUUUCCGGCGCGGGAUCCGCCUUUUGGAAAUGGGCUGUGUGGAAAACGUCCUGCAAGUCGGUUUCCACCUUAGCGGAACAGUAACAGAACCAGCCACGCACUCGGAACCUGAGGUGACGCACCGCGUGGCCAUCAGCUUUGACCGCUGCAAGAUCACGUCAGUGACAUGCGGCUGCGGGAACCGCGAUAUCUUUUACUGCGCCCAUGUGGUGGCCCUGUCGCUGUACCGCAUCCGGCGGGCCGAGCAAGUGAAGCUGCGGCUCCCCAUCUCCGAGACGCUCUUCCAGAUGAACCGGGACCAGCUGCAGAAACUGGUGCAGUAUCUGAUCACGGCGCACCACACCGAAGUGCUGCCCACGGCGCAGAAACUUGCCGACGAGAUCCUGUCCUCCAACUCGGAGAUCAACCAAGUGCACGGGGCCCCAGACCCCACGGCAGGAGCCAGUAUAGAUGAUGAUAACUGCUGGCACCUGGAUGAGGAGCAGGUACGCGAGCAGGUCAAGCAGUUCCUCUCACAGGGAGGCUACUACGGCUCCGGAAAGCAACUCAACUCCAUGUUCGCCAAGGUGCGGGAGAUGCUGCGCAUGCGGGACUCGAACGGAGCGCGCAUGCUCACCCUUAUCACAGAGCAGUUUAUGGCUGACCCUCGUCUGUCGCUAUGGCGACAGCAGGGCACGGGGAUGACUGACAAGUGCCGGCAGCUAUGGGACGAACUGGGUGCAUUGUGGGUGUGCAUUGUGCUGAACCCUCACUGUAAGAGCGAGGAGAAGAGCGCAUGGCUCAAACAGCUCAAGAAGUGGAGCGACAUGGAUAUCUGCCCGCUGGAGGACGGCAACUACGGCAGCGAGCUUCCCAACAUCACCAACGCCCUGCCCCAGAGCAACCUGGCACAUGACUCGUUGGCCAGGCCAAGGCGAACGGUGUUUACCCGUGCCAUGGAGGCGUGUGACCUGCACUGGCAGGACAGCCACCUGCAGCGAAUCAUCAGCAGUGAUUUCUACGUCUCGCCCGCUUACCAGAGAGAGGGAGAGAACCUGCUGUUUAACCCACAAGGCCUGCCACUAUGGCUGGAUCAUGUGCCUACUGCAUGUGCCAGGGUGGAUGCCCUGCGUUCCCACGGUUACCCGAGAGAAGCCCUGCGAUUGGCCGUAGCCAUCAUCAACACUCUCCGGCUGCAGCAACAGAGGCAGCUGGACAUUUACAAACACCAAAAGAAAGAGCUGCUGCAGAGAGGAAUGACCAGCACUACCAAUCUGGAGGGCUGGGUGGGUCACCCGCUCGACCCCAUCGGCUGCCUUUUCGCCACUCUAACGGAGACGUGUCGAGUGGAAGACGACAGCGCCAUGGAUACCGGAGAUUCCGGUGAUCCCAAACCCCCGGUGUAUCAGCACGUGCCCGUGUGGGGCUGCCCAGAUGCUAGCGAGUCGUACCUAGCCUUGGCGCUGGAGGUAGCACUGAUGGGAAUGGGCCAGCAGAGAUUGAUGCCCGAGGGUUUGUACGCCCAGGACAAGGUGUGUCGUAACGAAGAGCAGAUUGUCGCCAAACUGCAGGAGCUGGAGCUGGACGAGCUGCUGGUGCACACACUCCGUAAACAGGCCAUGCUUCUGCUGGAAGGCGGUCCCUUCAGCGGCCUGGGCGAAGUGAUCCACAGAGAAAGCGUCCCCAUGCACACGUUUGCUAAGUACCUGUUCACAGCGCUCCUUCCUCAUGACACAGACCUGGCUUACAAGAUCGGCUUGAGGGCCAUGAGGUUGCCUGUGCUGGAGUCCACAGCUCCGUCAGGCGACGUAGGUCAUCCACACCACGGCAUCUCCAUCGUGCCGAGCAGAUACCCACGCUGGUUCACCCUCGGGCACCUGGAGUCCCAGCAGUGUGAGCUGGCAUCAACCAUGCUGACCGCAGCUAAGGGAGACAUGCUGAGACUCCGCACGGUCCUUGAGGCCAUCCAGAAAAACAUCCACUCCUCCUCACUCAUCUUCAAAUUGGCUCAAGAUGCGUUCAAGAUCGCUACGCCUGCAGACAGCCCACCUGACAUCACGCUGCUCAACGUAGCCCUGGAGCUCGGCCUUCAGGUUAUGAGGAUGACCCUGUCCACGCUGAACUGGAGACGCAGAGAGAUGGUACGCUGGCUCGUCACCUGCGCUACUGAAGUCGGUCUGCGGGCUCUGGUCAGUAUACUACAGAGCUGGUACACACUGUUCACACCCACUGAGGCUACGAGUAUUGUCGCUGCAGCGGUCAUGUCUCACGGCACAGCGCUGCGUCUCAGUCUGGACUAUGGGCAGCGCGAGGAACUGGCGAGUUGCGCCCGAACGCUCGCACUGCAGUGCGCCAUGAAGGACCCGGCCAACUGUGCCUUGUCUGCGCUCACGCUCUGCGAGAAGGAGCAUGUGGCUUUCGAGACGGCCUACCAGAUCGCAGUGGACGCAGCGGCAACGGCUAUGACGCAUGCGCAGCUGUUCACCAUCGCGCGAUACAUGGAGCACCGCGGCUACCCAUUGCGUGCCUUCAAGCUGGCGUCGUUAGCCAUGGCUCAUGUGAGUCUGGCGUACAACCAGGACACGCAUCCGGCCAUCAACGAUGUCCUGUGGGCGUGCGCUCUCAGCCACUCCCUGGGCAAGAACGAGCUGGGCGCCAUGGUCCCGUUGGUGGUGAAGGGCGUGCGCUGCGCCACCGUGCUCUCGGACAUCCUGCGCCGCUGCACGGUGACGGCACCCGGGCUGGCCGGUAUCCCCGGUCGCCGCAGCUCAGGCAAGCUCAUGAGCACGGACAAGGCGCCACUGCGCCAACUGCUGGACGCCGCCAUCGGCGCAUACAUCAGCACCACACAUUCGCGCCUCACGCACAUCAGCCCACGCCACUACGGCGAGUUCAUUGAAUUCCUCGGCAAAGCGCGCGACACCUUCCUGAUGGCGCACGAUGGCCAUGUGCAGUUUUCCCAGUUUAUCGACAACCUCAAGCAGAUCUACAAGGGGAAGAAGAAGCUCAUGAUGCUCGUGCGCGAGCGAUUCGGCUGAGGAGACUCGAAAGGACUCCCCACUCACUCCUUCGUUAUUUAAGGCAUUAUUUUCUUCCUGUAUAUUCCGAGUAUCCUGUAUUUUUAUUUUGUAUUUUUUAGUUUGAUACAGUUUGCGUUCGGUGAACGACCGACGUUUACGGAUUUGUCAGAACCUGUGGAGGCCAGAACAACCUUUUGAUUUCGGCUUAUGCUCGCUUUAGUUUAAUACAGAUGCAGAAGUGGCACAUAAAGAGAAACCAAAUGAUGGGCGGAGUAUUUUGAGCCUUUUCCAUCGUGGUGAUUGGUGGUUCUUAUUAUUCUUUUAUUUCUGGUUUUUCGGCAAAGAGCUUGAACGCUCGAAACAGUCAUUCCGAAAAAGAAAGAAAGAAAAAAAAACACUCGCACACAGUGUUACAGUCAUACCUCGGUCGUAUUUUAAGGAACAGCUUUAACAGGGUGAGGCUUGAGGCCUUGUUCCCGGGGGUAGAGCGGAAAAGAAAACUAGCUGAAAUAUCGGGGUGUUCCUCAUCAGUCUACGUAAACCCAGGAAUCAGACCAUGAAGCCAUGAACGCCACCCUCCCCCUCUCCCCUCUGUCCACUCCUCUUGGUUUGUCUUUUCCCUUUUUUCUCUAAUUUUGGGAAGAAAAAGAGAUUUAAGGGAACGUAAGUGAGAGAGCCACGCCUCCACACCUGAGAAGAGCACAGGGUUUCCUUCUCCGCCUGAAUCUGAACAAAAACCUCAAAAGAUGGCUUUACUGUUUUUGUUGUUGGGGGGGGGUAUGGGUAUGCAGACAGAGAUUUGUGUAAGGUCAAAGCUUAGCAUUAUCAUGCAUGCAAUGCAAUGCUUCAGCAAAAGAUUUUCCGCCGCCUAUUGGGGUAACGUUUGACAGAAAAGAAUCAGAAACAAAACAGUUAGUAAAUGUAGUUGUGUUGUAAUACAAGCACUUGAUUGACUCCGCCCCUUUCUGGUCUGCAUUAAUAAGUAUAUUAACCUAGCAUUAAGCAAAAUUCGGUGAGAUUAAAAUGCAAGAGGACAAAAAACAUCGUCCAGAUGCCCCGACCCAAUACCCCCCCCCUCCCCUUCGACCGACCCUCCUCACGCGCCCAGCUCCCAACACUUAGAAUGCACUCGGCGGCUACGAAUGGAAGGAAACCUGGAGAGAAAGGACAAAAUGCUCAACUCAGUUCUCAGGGAAUCACUUAAAGAAACGAAACAAAAAAAAUAGUAGCAUAAGCAUUUAAGAUAUUGUAAAUAUGAAAGUGUCAAUUCAAAAAAUUGUAAAGUUAUAAUUAUUUAUGAUAACUGUAUGGUUUCUUUAGUUUUUUUGUUUGUUUGUUUGUUGUUGUUUUCUUUUCGGAUACUUGAAUUUGUCGCGGGCUGGGAAUGUGACGGCAGAAAGACUUUAAAAAAAAAAAAAAAACAUUUCUCAGGUGCUCCUGUGAACAGUUCCUUAUUUUUCUCCUUUUAUUUCUGAGUUCUUUUUGUACACUGAUUUUAUUUUUAUUUUUUUGCAAGAGAAGCAUGGUGUGUAUAAAAACAAACCGAAGGGAAGAAAGAAAAGGAAGAACAGCCGUUGAACUGACUAUGCAGAACCACUUCCUGAUUUUAUUUUAUUUAUUUUUUUUUUUUUUUUCUUGAACCCUCUUUUUGGGAACGGACACUUUUAGGACUUUUGCCUUUCGAGUGACUUGCAUAUGUCUUUUUCGAUUUUAUUUUAUUUUUUUUUACUUUGAAGCCUUAUCAUCUUCUUCUCAGAGUGAUGUAGGAGGAGGAGGAGGAAGAAAGAUUGCAGAAGGAUGCUAAAAAAAAACGGAGGCAUGUGCCGAUCUCACACGCUCGUAUCCCGACGUCCGUUUUCAAAGCUCACUGCAUUAAAAUGGGGAAAAAAAUGAGUCAGAAUUAAUCUUUAAUCGGAAAAGCAAUUUGGUCUACAGUUUUUGUUUUAGUUUAAACGUUCACAGAAAUGUUUGGGGUUGAUUUUUUUAAAAUUAAGAAAGCAUACGCUGCCUCGCAACAUCACACCGACAUUAAUGGCUGGCCAAAUCUGUUUUUUUAUUUCAUUUAAUUUUAUUUUAUUUUUAUAUUUUCUGAUUGAUUUUUAAUCAUUUUAAUUUUAAUAAUGUUUUAAAAAAAAUUUUUAAAAUACAUUUUUGGCACAUGCCUGGUCGGAACCCACUGGCUGUAUUAUUAUUAUUAUUAUUAUUAUUUCUAUUAUUAUUAUUAUUAUUAUUAUUAUCAUUAUUAUUAUUAUUAUUAUUAUCAUUAUUAUGUAGGGAAUUAAAAAGAAGCGCUGUUUUGAUAUGAUGUUGCCUUGAGACUUUGGAAAGAUGCCGUUCUGGCUUCAUGACUAUUUUUGUUUUUACUUCUUUUCCAGAUCCUUUCGAUUAGCCACAAAAAAAGGUCACGUUAAAUUUUUUACAUUUUUUAAAAUUUUUUAUAAGGUGAUAAACCUUCUACAGCCUUUCUCCUUCGAUUGGUCCGGUGUGAUCUGGAGCUUCGGGUGUCAAUGCGAGCAGAUGUUUUGCAGGUUUAAAGAAUUUUAAAGAAUUAAAAUUUACCUUUUAUCCCCCCUCUUGACCAAUGCAGGAUGAUCAUAGCUGCCUGCUUCUACAAACUUCAUGCAUCUUUCGUAGCUCCCCUUGCUGAUCCAGCAACAUUGCAAAUGACAGGAUUCCUGUGGCUCUGAGUUUUUACUUUCUACAGUUUUUAUUUCCUCUCUCUCUCUCUCUCUCUCUCUCUUUCUCUCUCUCUUUCCCAUAACUCUUUAAGUGUCUAUAUGUGUUGACUGUACCAGUGUUUUUUCGGAUCUGUCCCUAGAGUUUAGAAGGAAAAAAUAAUAAUAAUCGCUGGUAGAGAUUGUUCACUAGUUCAUCUACUUUUGAGUUUUGAGUUCUGGUUUUUCUUUCUUUCAUUUUUAAUUUAAGGGAAAUAAAAAAGUGUUUGUCACCUCUCCGUGCUACUGAAUUAUGAAAAAAGGUAUCCAGUAUUUGUUGCCACAAAAGUAUAGUUCGACGACGUUUUUUUUUUUUGUUUGUUUUUGUUUUGUUUUUGUUUGUGCAACCUCUUGAGCUAAUGUCUAUAAACAAAAAUUUAUUACUAUUUAUGUAAUGCUACUACCAUUUUAUAUGAUUUGUGUUGAAUUUCAGUGCUUUUUCUAUGAAUAAAGUGUGAAACACG